GGGAUCUCCCCCCCGGAGAAGAGUUUGCCAUCAGCCUUUCUGGAAGACGUUCGUGGUAACUGCGAGGCAGGGAGCUAGACUGAUUUCGGGCAGAUGAAAGUAACGUUGCCACUUUAACAUUGCAGAGCUCCUCAAAGGCCUCUGCCUCGCCCUCCAUCCUGCUCCUCCUGUACCUCAGAAGAGGCGGCUGAGUUCCUGAAUGGCUCUAGUCAGAUUCUGGAGCCAGCUUGAUGGGACACAUUUCCUCCUAUUUGGACUGCUGCUCCUGAUCUGUGCCACUGGGACCCCUUCUGUUCCUCACGGAUUCUACUGAUCUGGACUAGCAACGGUGAGAAGUAUGUUUUUCUCAAUUUGCAGUUGAGGAAAGAAACACAGAAGAUACCAUGGCUUGUAGAAGUUUACACCUCAUAAAUGCAGAGCAAAGAUUUUGAACCCCAGCCUGUUUGCCUCCAAGUCCAGGACUUUUCCCACUGUGCUUGAGCUCCACAGCUCUGGAGAAAGGCUUGGAAGCUCGAAGUCUGGCUGUAGCCAUGGGAGACAUGGUGGUAGAGCCUGCCCCUCUGAAUGCAACUUCUGAGCCUGCUCCUAGCCCACCAGGGAAUAACGGGGGCUCCUUGCUAAGUGUCAUCACGGAGGGGAUUGGGGAGCUGUCAGUGAUUGACCCUGAGGUGGCCCAGAAAGCCUGCCAGGAGGUGCUGGAGAAAGUCAAGCUUUUGCAUGGAGGUGUGGCCAUCUCUAGCAAAGGAACCCCACUGGAGUUGGUCAAUGGGGAUGGUGUGGACACUGAGAUUCGUUGUCUAGAUGAUCCACCUUCUCAGAUCAGGGAGGAGGAAGAAGAGAUGGGAACCACUGUGGCCUCCAGUGCAGCCAAAGGAACAAGAAGGCGACGGCAGAACUCGGCCAAACAGUCUUGGCUGCUGAGGCUGUUUGAAUCAAAACUAUUUGACAUCUCCAUGGCCAUUUCAUACUUGUAUAACUCUAAGGAGCCUGGAGUGCAAGCCUACAUUGGCAACCGGCUCUUCUGUUUUCGCAAUGAGGACGUGGACUUUUAUCUGCCCCAGUUGCUUAACAUGUAUAUCCACAUGGAUGAAGACGUGGGGGAUGCCAUUAAACCUUACAUUGUCCACCGCUGCCGCCAGAGCAUUAACUUUUCCCUCCAAUGUGCCCUAUUGCUUGGAGCCUACUCUUCAGACAUGCACAUUUCUACCCAGCGACACUCCCGUGGGACCAAGUUACGGAAGCUGAUCCUCUCAGACGAGCUGAAGCCAGCGCACCGGAAAAGGGAGCUGCCCUCCUUGAGCCCAGCCCCCGACACAGGGCUGUCUCCCUCCAAAAGGACUCACCAGCGCUCUAAGUCAGACGCCACUGCCAGCAUAAGUCUCAGCAGCAACCUGAAGCGAACAGCCAGCAACCCUAAAGUGGAGAAUGAAGAUGAGGAGCUCUCCUCCAGCACCGAGAGUAUUGAUAACUCAUUCAGUUCCCCUGUCCGACUGGCCCCUGAGCGAGAAUUCAUCAAAUCCCUCAUGGCAAUUGGCAAGCGGCUGGCCACGCUUCCUACCAAAGAGCAGAAAACACAGAGGUUGAUCUCAGAGCUCUCCCUGCUUAACCACAAGCUUCCUGCCCGAGUCUGGCUGCCCACGGCAGGAUUUGACCACCACGUGGUUCGUGUGCCGCACACACAAGCUGUCGUCCUCAAUUCCAAGGACAAGGCUCCCUACCUGAUCUAUGUGGAAGUUCUUGAAUGUGAAAACUUCGACACUACCAGUGUCCCUGCCCGGAUCCCCGAGAACCGAAUUCGGAGCACACGGUCCGUAGAGAACUUGCCUGAGUGUGGCAUCAUCACCCAUGAACAGCGGGCAGGCAGCUUCAGCACUGUGCCCAAUUACGACAAUGAUGACGAAGCCUGGUCAGUGGACGACAUAGGCGAGCUACAAGUGGAGCUCCCUGAGGUGCACACCAACAGCUGUGACAACAUCUCCCAGUUCUCUGUGGACAGCAUCACCAGCCAAGAGAGCAAAGAGCCUGUGUUCAUUGCAGCAGGGGAUAUCCGACGGCGCCUUUCCGAACAGCUGGCUCACACCCCCACAGCCUUCAAGCGAGACCCAGAAGACCCAUCUGCAGUGGCUCUCAAGGAACCGUGGCAGGAGAAAGUGCGGAGGAUCAGAGAAGGCUCUCCCUAUGGCCAUCUCCCCAACUGGCGGCUCCUGUCAGUCAUUGUCAAGUGUGGAGAUGACCUUCGUCAAGAGCUGCUAGCCUUCCAAGUGUUGAAGCAACUGCAAUCCAUUUGGGAACAGGAGCGGGUGCCCCUUUGGAUCAAGCCGUACAAGAUUCUCGUGAUCUCGGCCGACAGCGGCAUGAUCGAGCCCGUCGUCAACGCUGUGUCCAUCCACCAAGUGAAGAAGCAGUCCCAGCUGUCCCUGCUCGGGUACUUCCUGCAGGAGCACGGCACUUACACCACCGAGGCGUUCCUCAGUGCCCAGCGCAACUUCGUGCAAAGCUGUGCUGGCUACUGCUUGGUCUGCUACCUGCUGCAAGUCAAAGACAGGCACAACGGGAACAUCCUUCUGGAUGCGGAAGGCCACAUCAUCCACAUCGACUUUGGCUUCAUCCUGUCCAGCUCGCCCCGGAACCUGGGCUUUGAGACGUCAGCUUUUAAACUGACCACGGAGUUUGUGGACGUAAUGGGUGGCCUGAAUGGAGACAUGUUCAACUACUACAAGAUGCUGAUGCUUCAAGGGCUGAUCGCCGCUCGGAAGCACAUGGACAAGGUGGUGCAGAUCGUGGAGAUCAUGCAGCAAGGCUCUCAGCUCCCGUGCUUCCACGGCUCCAGUACCAUUCGCAACCUCAAAGAGAGGUUCCACAUGAGCAUGACCGAGGAGCAGCUCCAGCUGCUGGUGGAACAGAUGGUGGACGGCAGCAUGCGCUCCAUCACCACCAAACUCUACGACGGCUUCCAGUACCUCACCAAUGGCAUCAUGUGACACCCUUCUCAGACCCGCGAGGUGGAACUGCGGGUAACCUCCCUCGGAGGAUCCUUACCUGAGCAACCCCCAAACCCCACCUACCCAACCAUCUACCCAAGGAAACGGAAGGCAAGAAAUACAAAGGAUCAUGUGGUAACCACCAGAGCUUGCCAGGGGCAGGAGAACCAGCCAUGGGGUCUAGACUUGCUGGGGCUCCCCCACCCCUAUGUCAGUAUUACCACCUGACAGACUCCAGGACUCCCUGUCCUCCAGAAAAGAGGUGACACACAUGAGCAGAGCUGGGGGCUCGUUCCACAGGCCAUCCUUCAUUCCUUUCUGGGGAGAGAAUGGGUUCUUGGUACUUGGGAUUUGAUCCUCUUUGGCCUUUGGCCAUGCUGCUGCCCAACUCUACCCCUGGCAGGGACUGACCUCCAGACAGACCAGGUUUCCCGACACAUGGGCUCUCCACGGGCUCCCGCACUUGCUGUGGCUCCUUGCCCGGGCACAGAGGAGAAUCCCCACAGUCUGUCCCUCCGUGUGAGGAGGAUAUUGGCCUAGCCACGGGGAAUUCCUCACCCAGUCCCUUCCUCACACCCAGGGAAAUAGCUCUCAAUUUUUUAUUUUUAAUUUUUGUUUGAAAUAAAGUCCUUAGUUAGCCA